AUGGCGACCGCAGCGGCCCCAAGUUCCGCUGGCAACAACUCCUUCAAGGACAAGGAGAAGCCUAUGGCGGUGCGGGCGUCCAAUAUUCUUGCCGCUCGAGCUGUCGCCGAUGCUAUUCGAACAUCAUUGGGACCCAGGGGUAUGGAUAAGAUGAUCCAAACGCCCAAAGGCAACACCAUCAUUACCAACGAUGGAAACACGAUGUUGAAGGAUAUGAGUGUUAUGCACCCGGCCGCCCGGAUGCUGGUUAACCUUAGUGCCGCCCAAGAUGUGGAAGCCGGCGAUGGAACGACGUCGGUGGUUGUCAUUGCUGGCAGCCUCCUCGGUGCUGCUGAGCGAUUGUUGUCCAAGGGCAUCCACCCCACCGUGAUCUCCGAGUCCUUCCAGAGAGCUGCCGGUGCUGCAGUCGAAAUUCUCCACAACAUGUCCCGUCCUAUCAACCUGACCGAUCGCUCUACGUUGUUGCAAGCCGCCUCGACCUCGCUUUCGUCUAAGAUCGUGUCCCAGCAUUCGGGCCUGCUGGGCCCGAUGGCUGUCGACUCAGUGCUGAAGGUGGUUGAUCCCAAGACUGCGGACAAUGUGGACCUGCGAGACAUUCGGAUAGUCAAGAAGGUUGGCGGCACGAUUGAGGAUAGUGAGAUGGUCGAUGGUCUUGUCCUGAACCAGCCAGUCAUCAAGAGCAGUGGCGGCCCGACAAGAAUUGAGAAAGCCCGUAUAGGUCUCAUCCAGUUCCAGCUGAGCCCACCGAAGCCAGACAUGGAGAACCAGAUCGUUGUGAACGACUACCGCCAGAUGGACAAGAUUUUGAAGGAGGAGCGUCAGUACUUGCUAAACAUGGUGAAGAAGAUCCAAAAGACCAAGUGCAAUGUGCUUCUGAUCCAAAAGUCUAUUCUGCGUGACGCCGUCAACGAACUUUCGCUGCACUUCCUUUCCCGCCUCAAGAUUCUCGCCAUCAAGGAUAUCGAACGGGACGAGGUUGAGUUCCUGUGCAAGAGUCUUGGCUGCAAGCCGGUCGCCAAUGCCGAUUCCUUUACUGAAGACAAGCUUGGUACCGCGGAUCUCGUCGAGGAGGUCCAGGCUUCUGGAGCUCGCUAUGUCAAGAUUACCGGCAUCAAGGCGCCCAUCGCCACACCUCACCAGACUGUCUCCAUCGUUGCCCGUGGCGCCAACAACCUCAUUUUGGAUGAGGCCGAACGGUCGCUGCACGAUGCGCUGUGUGUUAUUCGGUGCUUGGUUAAAAAGCGGGCCAUGAUUGCUGGUGGUGGUGCUCCGGAAGUUGAAGUCGCCCAUGCGCUUGCGAUGCGUGCUCGUGAGCUUACCGGUACCGAGGCUAUCUGCUUCAAGGCAUUCGCGGAUGCCAUGGAAGUUGUCCCUACUACGCUCGCCGAGAAUGCCGGUCUCAACUCCAUCAAGGUGGUUACCGACCUGCGCCACCGCCAUGCGCAGGGCCAACACAAUGCUGGUGUCAGCAUCCGCAGCGGUGGUGUCAAGGACGACAUUACGGAGGAGAACAUUCUGCAGCCGCUGCUGGUGAGCACCAGCGCCAUUGAGUUGGCGGCGGAGACGGUGAAGAUGAUCAUGAGAAUUGAUGACAUUGCUCUGUCGCGGUAA